CCGCGGUGGUUGUUGUUGUUGUCGUUGUCGCCGCCGCGGGUGGCGUGUUGGGCCCGAGCUUCCCGACCUGAAGAGGGUCCCGAUCGCCAGGCGUUGCCCACCGGCCAUGGUCCCUCGCUUCCCGCCUGAGAGACAGGAGGCGCGGGGGCAGCAGCAGCGGCCAUUGCUGGAGGGGGCUGCCCGGCGAGUGCUAUGACAGGAUGGACGCGGACGAAGUGACCAUCCGCGAGCAGAACUUCCACAGCCAAGUGCGGGAAUACACGAUCUGUUUUCUUUUGUUUGCGAUAUUGUAUAUUGUUUCCUACUUCAUUAUCAGAAGAUACAAGAGGAAAGCAGAUGAACAAGAGGAUGAAGAUGCUAUUGUCAAUAGAAUUUCGCUGUUCUUGAGCACUUUUACUCUUGCAGUUUCAGCGGGUGCCGUGCUCCUCUUACCUUUUUCAAUAAUCAGCAAUGAGAUUCUGCUUUCUUUUCCACAAAGUUACUAUAUCCAGUGGUUGAAUGGUUCUCUAAUUCAUGGUUUAUGGAACCUUGCUUCUCUCUUUUCUAAUCUUUGUUUGUUUAUAUUGAUGCCCUUUGCUUUCUUCUUUCUGGAGUCAGAAGGCUUUGCUGGCUUAAAAAAGGGAAUCAAAGCACGUAUUUUGGAAACUCUUGUUAUGCUCAUUCUUCUUGCGUUGCUUAUUCUUGGAAUUGUAUGGGUAGCUUCAGCUCUCAUAGACAAUGAUGCUGCAAGUAUGGAGUCCUUAUAUGAUCUUUGGGAAUUCUACCUCCCUUAUUUAUAUUCCUGUAUAUCUUUGAUGGGGUGUUUACUACUUCUUC